GAAGCCGUCCGAUCAAAUAAAAAUUUGGGCGGCUUAAGAUCUCGCAAGAUGUCUACCCUUGACAGAUGAUAAUAUGUUGAUGUACCAUUCACCAUUCUACCGCUGUUGCAUCAUUAAAGCGCGUUCAUUAUGUCCCGGUGCGUAACGUACAUUUAUUAAUCAGAUAAAAGUUCUUAAAUAUCAGGAGUACGCCAAUCAGGUUGCAGCAAUAAAAGAACGCUGAUCGCUGAUUGGUUGCAUCUUGAACUAUGAGAGAGUAAAGAAAAGGAGUUGGUAUCACAGCUUCAAUUUUUAAAUUUAAAAGUAGAAAUCUAAAGCUAGUUUAAAAACUAUCGACUAAAUAACUUAUUUAAUAUAAAUGGUAAAGAGAAAAAUACUGAAAAACGUGGAAAAACUAAAGAUUCCAUUCGUAUAUUCUUCUCCUUGUCGCACACACCACUGCGAACGGGGGCGGUGCCGUUUAAAAACAGUAAACACUGUAAACACACGACUUCACAGUGCAUGCAGCAAGAGUUCCGCAUGAUUAAAAUAGCUUGAUUAUAACUGCCGACCCAAAACAAAGCAACAAACUGGGCACCGACCAUUGAAAUUUAACGCUUAAACCUUUUUGGACGGAGACAUUGAGAUGGAGAGACAAUCAAGGAGCUUAAGGAGUCAAGAAGGAAAAACUCCGAUUCAAAAGCCGCUGUGCAGACUGUGCGAGUGUCCGACGUCGGACGGCCACGUCCUCGCGUCGCAGGUGGACAGGUUCAAGCUGAGGAAAUGGGCCAUGGAGGUCAUGAACCUGACGGAAGAAGACGAAAACCUGCCGGAAGUGGUCGAAGAAGACGCUUUGAUCUGCUAUUUUUGCAUCUGGCAGGCAGAGUUUGGGGAUGAGUCUGGAGACGAAGCUGUGGCUUGGUGGCCGAAAAACCUUGAUUUGGAAGAAAACGCCAGGGUACUGCGGGAGAGUUAUUCGGUUGGAGAAGUUGAACAGUGUUGGGUGCAGUUGGAAGAGGUUGAUCUGGCCAAAUACGAAAAGGAAAUCCCUAAAAAGAGGAAAUGUGGCAGUAAAGUGUGUCUUUACUGUGGAAAGAGAUACGACCAGCUGACACGUCACGUCAAAUACAUGCACAAAGAAGCUAUCAAAUGCGGAAUUCGGGGCUGCACAAUUUACUUUCACACUGUGGAGGAAAAAGAGCAGCACAUGCAGCAUGAUUUUCACAAGAAACGUGAAAAACCAUGCGAUAGCAAGAAUUUUCGCUGCAAUUUUUGUGUAAUCAUCAAAUUGUAUUCCAAAGUAAAAUCGUGGAGGGAGCACAUGAGACGCAAGCAUCCAAAACAGGUGGCGUGCUCGCGUUUAGGCUGCAUUGAGUACUUCAAAUCGAAGCCUGAAAUGAUGCUCCAUGUCAACUCGUUUCACAAAAAAGGCAUAAAUCAAGAUCUUUUUGAGUGCAAGCUUUGCGAUUAUUUCACAACGAGGAAGGACUUCAUGGUGCUACACCAACAGGCGAAGCACUUCCCAAAGAGGUUCAAAUGUGAUAGCUGCGACGCCAGAUUUGGCUCGAAAGACCUGGUUAUCAUUCACUACAAAAAUUGUCAUACAUUCGACAAGUGCGAAUCUUGUGGCCAGGACGUUGCUCGCGGACAAAAUGCACCCCACAGAAGGCCAUCGGUUUGCUCCAAAUGCAAACUCAAAUUCAAGUGCUCGGGUCUGUUUCAACUGCAUAUGAAGAGCUGCAAACAAGCCCCCUAUAUUUGCGAGGAGUGUGGAGAAUCGUUCAACGUGCGUUGGAAGUUGAAUCGCCACGUGGGAAAAUUUCACCCCAAAACCCCAAAUAUUCGCUGCGACCAUUGCGACUAUUCCACAUUUGAAAAGGUACAAAUGGCGAGGCACAUGCAAUACAGACAUUUACCAAAGACGAUCAAGUGUGGAGAGUGCAACCAUUUGUUUGCAUCUGAAUCAUUUCUCAAGAAACACAAAUACAUGCGACAUGAAUACGUUCGUUGCACAGAAUGUGCGCAGAUGAUAAGCCGUCAAGACUUGUUAAGACACCGGACAGUAAAGACUUGUUGCCAGUGCAAGGGCACGUUAAAUUGCUUAGGACUUGUUGCAAUGCAUGACUGUCCGCAGGGUAAUAAUUUAUAUUGUGACAAGUGUCCAAAAAUUUAUAGGAACAGGACCAGUUUGUAUAAUCAUAUUGUCAGGAAGCACUUUGACGUGUAAUUAAAAUAAAAGGCUUUAUUCUAAAA